CGGGAUUGUGUCGGCUGACGCACAUCACCUCGUCGGGCUGGAGCGGGUGCUCGCCGCCCGCCAUGACGCCGUCUGCGAUUGUGCUAUCUUCAAGUGUCUGACAUGACCAUCUCACCAGCCAUACUUAAAGAUCCCCAACUCGGCGCGUCAAGCAACAUGCCCCAUCGUUCACCACCCAACCCCUAACGAUUACCCAACAUGGUCUACGAACUUAGCCCCUCCCCCACCUCGGAAGCCUUUGUGGCUCAGCGACAAUCGGACGCCGAAGCCGCCCGCCAAACCGCGGCCAAGAAUGGCGCUGCUCCACUCGUCGAGAAGGCGAUUGGCGAAGGCCGCCCGGUGCGCGUAGUCGCUAUCGGCGCAGGCUUCAGUGGCAUCGGUGCCUGCAUCUACCUUCCGCAGCAUAUCAAGAACCUCGACUUGCAGGUUUACGAGCGCGCGACCGACAUUGGCGGCGUCUGGCACCACAACAAGUACAUGGGCGCCGCUUGCGACAUCCCUGCGCACACUUACCAGUUCACCUUUGCCGACAACUCGCAGUGGUCCAAGUUUUAUGCUGGUGGCCCAGAGAUCCACCAGUACCUCACCAACGUGGUGGACCAUUACAAGCUCCGACCGCUUAUCAAGCUUCAACACACCGUGCUUGAGGCCCGCUGGCUCGAGAACGAUGGCAAGUGGGUGAUCAAGGUCCAAGACCCCACGGGCAGAGUGUUUGAAGACCGGUGCGACUUUGUCUAUUACGCCACGGGCCUGCUCUCCAACCCCGUGUGGCCUAAGAUUCCAGGCCGCGAUACGUUCAAGGGAGUCAUUCACCACACGGGGGAGUGGGACGCUGCCAAGGAGGAAGCCGAGGGCAUGGACUGGAGCGACAAGCGUGUCGCUGUGAUUGGCACCGGCUCCAGUGCCAUCCAGGUCAUGCCGGAAAUGCAGAGGAAGUGCAAGCAGCUCGUCAACUUUGCGCGAUCGAAGAGUAAGCCCAAGCACCGAGAUGUGCGCUCAUGCCCAGCUUGGGUCACACCGACCUUUGGUGACAUCACUCUGAAGAAGCUCGGUGUUGACACGGAGAAGAGCGCCAACCACACUUUCACCGACGAGCAGAAGCAGCACUUUAGCGACCCCGCCAACUACCGCGAGUUCAGGCUCAUGGUGGAGCGGGACCUCGCUUCGGCCCACUUCCUCACGCACCGCGACAGUCCGCUGCAGACUCUAGUCCUCAACGAUGCCGAGCGCCAGAUGCAGCGUCGUCUUGCGUCCAAGCCCGACAUUUCCAAGGCCUUGCUGCCGCAGUACCCCAUCGGAUGCCGCCGCAUCACCCCUGGUCCAGGGUACCUGGACUCUCUCACCAAGGACAACGUCACGUUCGUCACCGACGAUCUGGCCUGCUUCACCGAGCGCGGUCUCAAGACUGUUACAGGCGAGGAGUACGAGGUCGACGCCAUCAUCUGCGCCACGGGCUUCGACACGUCGUCUGUGCCCCGCUUCCCAAUUCUCGGCCAAGGUGGUAUCAACCUCCAGGACAUGUGGACAGAGGAGGUCCGGACAUACCUCGCCGUGUCGAUUCCCAAGAUGCCCAACUUCUUCUCCAUCCUUGGCCCGCAGGCAGUUGUCGGCAGUGGCAACCUCCUCAGCAUGAUCGAGGGCCAGCUGACCUAUGUCGCCAAGGCUAUCAAGAAGUGCCAGCGCGAGGGCUACAAGUCGAUGGUGGUCAAGAAGGAGCCCGUCGACUCGUUCAUGAAGUACACCGACGACUACUUUGAGCGCACAGUGUUUACGACCGAGUGCCACUCGUGGUACAAGGGAGGCGCUGGAUCGCGCGGCGGUACUCGCAUUCGCACCCUGUGGCCGGGUAGCUCGCAACACCAUAUUCUGUCACUCAAGGAGCCCCGUUGGGAGGACUAUGACUACACACGCCUCCCGGAAUACAAGCACACUAUGGGCUGGCUCGGCGAUGGCCACAUUCCCGCCGACAUGGACCCCGCGUUCUACUAUGCCGAACUGCGUGCCGGCUACAAGGAGACGUUGAUGCUUUAGUGGAAGCGACGCGGGGUGUGACUGAGCGGGAUGGAAGGCGACUCG